AUGUCUGCUCGCAUCCAGCUUGAUGGUGACAAGAAUACUUACACUAGUUUUGAUUGCAUCAGUGGGAAAAUAAUUGUCUUUCUGAGCAAUGACGAGGAUAUAUCAGCGAUUGUGGUCAAACUGGAAGGAGAAUCAUUCUCGAAGCUAUUACGCCCAUCUAACGCUCAUAAUAGCAAUAAUGGGAGAAGAGAUUCUAUAGCGACAGAAGUCCACAAAGUACUCUAUCAAGUCCACCAAGUCUUUCCUAGGCUGCAUUCCGAAUCUAGCCGAUCUGCUUCCAAAAUUUUGCAGGCGGGUAAGCACGAGUUUCCGUUUCAAUUUCAAUUUCCCAGCGACAAUGAAUGCGGUAAUGAAACGCAAACGAGCUUGCUAAGUGGUUUCGCGGGGGUUAGUUUACUCAAUCUACGACAGCAGCAACUUCAGCACGUCAAGCAAAAAUUGCCUCCUACACUCACAGCGUUACCCGGAACUGCGGAAAUCAGGUACUUCAUCAAAGUUACCGUCCAACGAAGAUCUCUGUUUAAGGAAAACUGGAGAAGUGAGCUUUCAUUCAAAUUCCUACCCACGGAGCCACCGCGGCCCCAACCGACAUCUAACCAGUUCUAUGUCCGAAUGCCUUUUUCCUUCUUGUCCCAACCGUCACAGGGCUCUCGUGGAUGGUGGAAUAUCUUUAAAAAACAUAAGACCAAAUUAUCUGAACUAGCGCCUGAAGGCGAGAUUGAUGUCAGAUUUCCUGGCUCAGCAAUUUUAACGUGGAAUAAACCACCUCCUUUUCAUCUGAUCGUUCGAAGAACAAACAGAAGCUCCGAGCAAAUCUUCAUGGUAUCGUGCGCAUUUCAUCUACAUGGAAAAACCUUGAUCAGGGCAAAAGGUGUGAUGCAUAUCGAAAAAAUUUCGUGGGUGUUGCUGAAUAUUUGUGGAUCGUGGGUGCCGAUCGGGCUACCAGAUGCUAGCGAUGGGAAUGAUUAUGAGAUAAAUAAUUCUUUUUGGAGUGGCAGGCCAUUACCCCAGUCUGUGUGUCCGUCUUUUGAUACCUGCAAUCUAGGACGUAGCUAUGAGCUCCAAAUACGGGUCAGCUUGAGCUACGGGAAGCCGGGCGACAACCAAGUUAUUACUAUUCCAUUCCAAUUUCCGGUAGAGGUUUAUUCAGGAAUCUUAGUGGCCCCACAGCUUGAUGUACAAGCAGAAUCCAUUCCGACAGCCUUGGAAGCACCUUAUUUUCCGCAUCUGCAUGCUGAUACAACUUGCCAAGAUCCUCCGCCACCCACUUACGAAGAAGCUACAGCGGGUAGCAAUGGUCCCUCAAGUGGCCGUCAAAUGUAG